GCGAAAUUCUCAUGCAAUCACGCGGGAGUUGCAACGAAUUGAAAAUUUUUACUUGUUUCCCAUACAAGAUCUGUUGGUGUUUUUCUAUCCGUUUAUCGGAUUUGGGGGCAACAUGUUCACACCACGUUCAACCCGUGCUAGAGCAUCUCCGUUCACUCCAGGAUCCCAACGUGCCUCUCAAACCAAACGAUCAUCCGGUGUGUUUACACCACAGAGCCGUCGACUAUCAUCGCUAAGAAGCCACACUCCAUCAAAAUCCAACCGAUCCCUGCAGACAUCUCAGAUAGUUGAUGAUGUCAGCUCACAACACCGUGUUGAGAGUUUUGGGGUCCCUCUCCCUGUUCUGAUCACAGAAGCUCUCACCCUAGCUGACAGAAACACCGAGAUCACUGUUAACAUAGACCCAUCUGGGUGGGCGUGGCUGGUUGGAGGUCGCAAACUGUUUGUGUGGAGAUACAAGCCUCAGCCUGGAACUAGAGGUGUACUUUGUAAAGAACUGACCUUGCCACCAAGUGACCUUGCCCACAGUGCCGAGCGGGUGUGUGUGAUCCCCAGCGACAACCAGCCUGCAGCAUGUGUGGCUGUAUCACCAGAGGGUGUGGUCCGGUACUGGCCCAACAUCGCGUACGAGUCAUCAACAGGCGAGGUCAGCGCUGAACUCAAGGGAGAAGAAUGUGCAUGUGUCAUCAACUUCCAGCCAUUCGGAUGUCUCCUGGCCACCACUACCAGUUCCCUCAUACUGCUGACUACCAACCCGGGACAGAACACCAUCAUGUGCCAGCCCCUGAAGGCCGCCCAGGGCAUGUUUGCUGGCAUUGGUCGCAGGAUGUCGUCUUUCAUAUUUGGAGCUUCACCCAUGCAGACAAUGGGUGCUCCUUUCCAAGCUAUUGUGCCAGGAGAGGAGGAUGAGGAGGAGAUGAGUCGACCAUUCUUUGUCUUGUCAGGAACACAUGUACAGAAGUGGGAGAUCUCCAACUCAGGCCCCGAGAAGCUUCUGUAUCAAGUGGAUGUGGACAGACUGUUCAGAGAAGCACUGGCACGCAAAACCUGGGACCUGGACUCGUGACAGAUGCCCCAACUCCGAUCCUGGCUCAUAGACAUGAAAACCACAGCUGAUGGCGUGAUGAUGCUGGGUGCAGGGGUCAACCUUGAGACAGACAGUGUUGUCCAUUAUGCCCUUGCAACGCUGUCAACAGAAGACGAGCUUCCCCCGACAGCACUAGAUGACUUCACAUCACUUGAACACACUGAGAAAUAUGAGGAGGACACAGAAAUGGAUCUGCUCGACCUCCACCUACUUGUUCCGGACUCUACAGCCUAUGUGUAUGACAAGAGGGUCAUCUUUGCCAAACAAGGGGAGUCUGUGAGUGACAAGCUGGAACUGCAGUCUUCUGGAGAUCAGAUUCUGGGAGCAGGUCGCUGUGGUGAGACGGCAGUGUUCUUCUCAAGCACCCAUGGCCUCUUCUGUCUAUCUUCGGCUGCCAAGCUGGAACAAAGCAUUCUGGAAGAGUCAGCCCAAGAAGCACUCUCCAGAUCGGAAGUGUCCACGUUAGCCACCAGCCGACCACAGGUUGCUGAGAUGGGAGCCAGUGAUGACAAGUCCGCCCGACUCAAGGCAGCAUUUAUCAACUCUCUCAAUGGCAAUUUGCCUGAAGCUCAGAAGAUCGUCAGUGACCUGUUCCCAUUGACAGACAUGGAGGAUGAGGUGACGACCGAGAUGGACAAGUUGGUGACGAUGCUGAGUCGCGACCUCAUCGACGACUACCCAACAUCAGAUCCCCGGUGGGCGGAGAGCUUGAGAAAUGACUCUGCUGGCAGCACAACGUCCCUGAUCAUCUUGCAGCAGCUGAAGGACAAGGAGAAGGCUCACGAAUACCUCAUCAGCUUCCUGAAACGCCUGGAACUAUGGGACAGGUUGAAGGCGGUGUCUGUUCGAGACACGCUGAUGUCCACCCAACUGUUGCUGUGUGAACAUGCUGAGAAGGUUGCAGCUGCUGUCGGGCUGAGGGAGCUGCACAGCGACCAAAGUGUGAUCGUAGACAACUGUAUCCGACGAGUGUUGGAGUCUAUGCGAGAUGCAAACAUUCCUGCUGGCCUUUCCCCGGCUGACGUCUUCUACAGAGAGGUAUCCAGGAUCCCAGAAGUAGUCUCAGCAUUGCUUGAAUAUGAAGAUGAGAGCCUGUCGUCAGAUCAGUCUCCGAAACAGUGUGUGAUGAUAGUGUCCUCAGUCAAUGGAAUAUUGGAGGGUUUGCUGCACAGUGGUCUACAGUACCGUCAGUCCCGGGCUGGAGUGUUCCAGGGGGGGUCAGACAGACAGCUGGAGUACAUACCCUGGACUUCAGCAGGCGGCAGUCGCGGCAUCCGCACCAUGCUCACCAGACAGUACAUGUUGACAAUAGAGAGCGCGGUGCCCGAGGCGCGGGACAUCGAGACACAGGGUGUGUUGUUCCAGCAGCUACUAGGGCUUGCCGACGUCCUCCUGGACGGGUACAAGAGUCAGCUGGUGUCACUGCAGCAGUGUCCACGCCGCCAGGACCAGUACAACCAGCUGCAUCGCAAAUAUGAACAGGAGCGAGACAAACUCAUCUCCCCUCUAAUGGACCAUGAACAGUACGAGAGGGCAGCCACACUGGCUGAAAAAUACUUCGAUUUUGAAAAUUUGGUAAAAAUCUGUGAACUUACAAAGAAUGAGGAGAGACUUCAACGCUACACUCAGCAGUUUGCAGACAAGGGUUUCUCCAACUUCCUUUUCCACUGGUACAUGAAGGAAGGCAAGCGAGGCCGUCUCUUGUCCCAGCCAAUUGGCACCGAUGCUGACCUGAGUCAGUUCCUGAACUCUGACAACACAAGGUACCUCAGCUGGCUUCACGACAUCGGUACCAACAACUUCGAUAAGGCUCAUGAAACAUUGUUUAGUUUGGCUCAAGGAGAAACAGCCUUCUUAGCAAAGAAAAAGACACUGCUGAGCCUGAGCAAGCUGGCGGCUCUGGCAGCAGAUGACCCUGAGUCCAUGGAGGACAGCGUAGAAGAUAUCAACGAUGAGCUGACCCUGAUCCUCCACCAGGAGCAGCUGCCAGAGGAGGUGCUGGAGACACUUGGCAUGGACCCCACCAACAUGGGCGUGAUGACUCCCACAGAACUGAUUGAGCUGUAUGUCGGGAACAAGAACAAGAUGGCUUCAGAGUAUGACUUCAAGAAGGCCCUGGACCUCCUGCAGUAUAUUGAUAAAGCAGAUGGAGGUGCAGACUUAGAGGACCUCAAACUACACAUCUGGUGUCGCGCCAUUUUAAGAGACAACUGGACCAACCCGGCAGAUGGUGACCCGCUGGACAUCAUCCGGGAGACAGUGUUCUUCAAGACCAUCGAUCUUGCAUACACAGAAGGAGGAGAGCUGGAAGAUGUACUGCCCUCCCAGGAAGUGAUCCUGUCCAGCGAGGAGCUCGGAGCCUGCAGACACAACUCCCAGUUCCAGUACCUCAUCAGAGCAGGCUAUGAACACAUGAAAAACAUCAUGGCUUAAAGCCCACCGAUCUACCUUCAAUGUCAGGCAGUGUGUCGUGGUCAACCAACAAUUCCAGGCAACAUGUGUCCUGGUCAACCAACAAUUCCAGGCAACAUGUGUCGUGGUCAACCGACAAUUCCAGGCAACAUGUGUCCUGGUCAACCAACAAUUCCAGGCAACAUGUGUCGUGGUCAACCAACAAUUCCAGGCAGCGUGUCAUGGUCAACCAACAAUAUCAGACCUGAUCCUGUGUAAGACCUGGUCCUGUGUAAGACUUGGUCCUGUGUAAGACCUGGUACUGUGUAAGACCAGGUCCUGUGCAACACCAGGUCCUUUGUAAGACUUGGUCCUGUGUAAGAAUUGGUCCUGUGUAAGAAUUGAUCCUGUGUAAGACCUGGUCCUGUGUAAGACCUGGUCCUGUGUAAGAUUUGAUCCUGUGUAAGUCCUAGUCCUGUGUAAGACUUGACCUGUGAAAGACCUGACCCUGUUUAAGUCCUGGUCCUGUGAAAGACUUGAUCCUGUGUAAGACCUAGUCCUGUGUAAGACUUGACCUGUGAAAGACCUGACCCUGUUUAAGUCCUGGUCCUGUGAAAGACUUGAUCCUGUGUAAGACCUGGUCCCGUGAAAGACUUGAUCCUGUGUAAGACCUGGUCCUGUGUAAGACCUGGUCCUGUGUAAGACCUGGUCCUGUGUAAGAACUGGUCCCGUGUAAGACUUGAUCCUGUG